AUGUCAUCUCAUAAUGAAUGGACCAUAUUGGAGAAGUUGCUGCUAACACAAGCAGUUUACAAGUAUGGUGAAAACAUGUGGUUCCAAGUGGCUCGUGCCAUUAAACAACACGAUCUUGUUCAGUUGCAAGGUAUAGAAAGAGCCCCUGAUUUCUACAGCCAAAAGAACUGCUCUUAUCAGUACUAUGUGCUCGUGGAGAACCUACAGGCAGAAUCACAAGCGCUUCGACAUGACAUCAAGAACGAUAUGCCCGUCGUGGUUCGACUAGCCAGACAUCUCUACUCUCAAAGAGUAGAAGAGGUCAAAAGCAAGCUUGCACAAGAGCAACAGGAGUUCAAUCAACUUGCCACUGAAAUACACGCCAUUCAAUCCGGCGAAUGGGAUGCUAGAUUAAAACCUGAUCCAGCCUAUGAACCUGUCAAAAGUGCGGAAUCCAGUGGUAUAGACAGGCAACCAUCAGUAACAGAGCAACUACAACAAGACGAUUCAGGCACCAAGGAAAAUAGACCAGCAACUGUCACUGAAGAAAAGGAUGCAUCGAUGAACUCUACUCUGGUAUUGCAAGAGAAUAGAUUGAAACGCACAAGCAGUGAUGCUAUUGCACAUGAACCACAUCCACUGAAGAGAUCUCGCUUAAACGACUCUAACCAAGAAGACCAAGUCUUGUCUACUGCUGUUUCUCAAGUACCAAUAGACGUACAAGAGGCAGUAGAGCAAGCAAAAGCAAUCGAUGCUGAGCAAGUGACUAUGACCAUUGCUGGUUCACAAGAGGAUGCUGAUGUUGUGGAUCAUAACCCAAAAUCAGCACAGGAGCAUACCAGCCAAGAAGCUGGAGCCCUCUCCCCACAUAGAUAUCAUCAUGCACCACUACCCAACAUUAAGAUACCUGAAGAAUCAUCCCCAUCACCUAUAUCACCUGUAUCCAAAUCCAUCAGUACCACCGCGCUUAUCCAAACACCUGAAGACGACUAUCUCACAGGCGACAGUGAAGCCAACACACUCACAACAUCCUCAAAACGCAACAGCGAACAAAGACAAAAAGCAUGGCAGAAAAACAUCAAUUUGUUAUGGCAGGAAAUUGCAAACCACAAGAACGGCACCAUGUUUAUGAACCCCAUCAAGAAAUCAUGGGCCCCCAUGUACGAUCAAGUGGUCAAACAACCACUCUACCUCAAGACCAUCAAAAACAGAGUGAGGGACGGGAUUGUAAAAACAACAACCGAAUUUGAAAGAGACGUUGUGCUUAUGCUGACCAAUUCGCUCAUGUACAACAAGGAAGGCACUGAAAUGUACUUGAUGGCGCAAGAAAUGCUGGAGGAUGUGAGAGAGCAGUUGCGUUUGUUUAAAUCAGCGGAUAGUUUUUCUGCUUCCUUUUGGGAGUCUGAACAAGUAGGCUCUCGGUUUGAAAGAGUCAAUGCUAUACCUUGA